AUUAAACCAAACGUACAAAACUGUCGAAAGGAGCCAGUGACUACAUCAGCCCAAGAAGCGUCCGCUAGUCGCCCGGUUCUGGCUGCGGUUGCCUUUUUGUCACAUUUCGACUCAGCAGAUUGAUAAAUAACACUUUGUGUCGUCUUUGUUGUUGCGUCGGCAUUGCAAUUUGCUCUCACGCACAAUGGCUGACCCCAAAUACGCCAAUUUACCGGGAAUUGCUUUUAACGAGCCGGAUGUGUACGAGACGGGUGACCUACCAGAAGAUGACCAGGCUCAGUUCGAGUCCCUUUUACAAGAGCUGGAGGAACUAUGCAGCGACAGUGUGGAGAGAAUCGUGGUCAACCCCAACGCUGCUUACGACAAGUUCAAGGACAAGCAUGUCAACACCAAAGGACUGGACUUUUCAGACAGAAUCAGCAAAAGCAGAAGAGUGGGCUACGAGUCUGGAGAAUUUGAAAUUCUGGGAGAGGGCUGCGGCGUCAAGGAAACGCCCCAGCAGAAAUACCAACGUCUGGUGAACGAGAUCCAGGAGCUCUGUCAGGAAGUGGAUGCCAUCCAGGCCGUCACAAAGGAAAGCAACGCGGAGGAGCGCCUGACCCCGGUGGUCCUCGCCCAGCAGGCGGCUCAGCUCAAGCAGCAUCUGGUUUCCGCUCACCUCGACACGCUGCUGGGACCGCAUGCUCACAUCAAUCUGGCGGAUCCGGACGGAGCGCUGGCCAGGCGCCUUCUCACACAGCUAGAGGCAGCCAAGGGCAGUCGCAGCUGCUCUGCCGGAGACAGCAAGGCGCCGGCAUCGGCCAAGGGGCCGGACGGGGUAGUCCUCUACGAGCUGCACAGCAGGCCCGAGCAGGAGAAGUUCAAUGAGUCUGCCAAGAUGGCAGAAUUGGAGAAGCGUCUGGCAGACCUCGAGAUGGCUGUUGGCUCAGCAUCAGACAAAAAGGGUCCUCUGAGCGCCGGCAUGCAGGGAGUGAGUCUAACAGAUACUUUGGAGCUUCUCCAGGCCAGGGUCAGUGCACUGGACUCGACUACUUUGGAUCAAGUGGAGGCCAGGCUGCAGAGCGUGCUCGGGAAAAUGAACGAGAUCGCCAAACACAAAACAGCCAUCGAGGACGCCGACACACAAAACAAGCUGUCGAAGCUGUAUGAUGCGGUGCAGAAGUGGGAGGCCAUGUCCACCUCCGUGCCGGAGGUGGUCCAGCGGCUGGUCACAGUCAAGGAGCUGCAUGAGCAAGCUAUGCAGUUUGGCCAACUUCUUACACAUCUGGACACUACUCAGCAGAUGAUCAACAACUCUCUGAAGGACAACAACACCCUAUUGACACAGGUCCAGCAGACGAUGAAGGAAAACCUAGUGGCCAUAGAGGAGAACUUCGCCACACUUGACCAGAGAAUGAAAAAGGUAUCCAAAUAAAGCCGCAUCAACAAAUACAAGAAGACAAAACGUUUGGACGUGAACAUGGACAAAUGAGAGUUCCACAGUGACUCUUUCAACCAACACUAUCCUUCACCCCUUCCGCCUCCCGUCCUUCUUCCUACUGCUCUCUUCCUCCACCUAUGCCUUCUUCACUAAGUGGAAUGUUGGGAACGAUUGAAAAUAAGACCAAAUUUCCUCAAGCUAAUUGAACUGACUGUAUUUUAUGAUCAUUAUUAGAAUUAAAGAUUCAAGAUGAGACUGGAUUUAUACUGUAUCCGUGUGCAGUUUAAUGGUUCACAGUAAUGUUGGAAGGAUACAUCAAAGAUGUAUAUAAAAUAAAAUAAACCUUUGUGUUGCCUCCGAAGGAAAAAUGUGUAAAUAUGCCGACGUUACCUUAUUUGUUUGCUUGUGCGCCAGUCGGGUCACCUGUAUUUAUAAUUAUGACUGGGAGGGAUGCGCCACACACACACUUUCGAUCGUCUGUCAUUGCCAACUGUAUUGUGGUCAGAAAAUAUGAUCAAUAAAACAGAUUAACUCGA